GCCCUGGGCGGGAAGCGGGAGCGGGUGAGGAGCGGCAGCGGCGGCCGAGCGGCCCCUGGGCGGGAGCAGGUGAUGAGCGGCAGCGGCGGCGCCAUGACCCCGCUCCUGGAAUACGAGAGCCAGAUCUUCCUGGACUUGUUCCACGAAGAUGGGCUGGUCAUCACGGCCAAGGGCUUGGGUGUGGACAGGAUCCUGCUGAACUUCCUCAGGUUGUACUGUGACCCCGGCAACCUGCUGCUGGUGCUCAACACCAACGUGGCCGAGGAGCAAUAUUUUAUUGAGCAGUUACGGUCUGAAGGAGCCUCCCAUCUUCCUCGUAUUAUUACCAAUGAAAUUCCAAGUAAUGAGCGUUACUCAGUAUACACAGAGGGUGGAGUCUUAUUUGUGACUAGUCGAAUUCUGGUUGUUGAUUUUUUAACAGAUCGUAUUCCUGCCAAUCUAAUUACAGGUAUUUUGGUAUACAGAGCUCACAAAAUCAUUGAUUCAUGUCAGGAAGCAUUUAUUCUUCGUCUGUAUCGGCAGAAGAAUAAACAGGGUUUUAUCAAGGCCUUCACAGACGAUGCAGUGGCCUUUAGUCUUGGAUUCUGUCGGGUGGAACGAGUAAUGCGAAACCUGUUUGUUCGUAAACUGUACCUCUGGCCCAGGUUCCACAUGGCAGUCAGCUCUUUCCUAGAUAGACACAAACCUGAAGUAAUCGAGCUGCAUGUUUCACUCACUCCUGCCAUGCUGACUAUACAGACUGCCAUUAUGGAUGUGAUGAAUGCCUGUUUGAAAGAGCUUAAACACCACAACCCAUCGCUGGAUGUUGAGGAUUUGUCUCUUGAAAAUGCAGUUGGGAAGUCCUUUGAAAAGGCAGUACGUUAUUAUUUGGAUCCAGUCUGGCACCAGCUCGGUACAAAAACCAAAUCCUUGGUACAGGAUUUGAAGAUUCUCCGUACCCUAUUACAGUAUUUAACCCAAUACGACUGUGUUACCUUUCUCAAUCUAUUAGAGUCUCUUCGAGCCACUGAGAAAGCCUUUGGCCAGAAUUCAGGGUGGUUAUUCCUGGAUGCCAGCAAUACAAUGUUUGUGAAUGCCCGCGCCAGGGUUUACAGGUGUCCUCAGGCACAGCUCAAAACCUCAGUGAAUGUGGCAAAAUCUACAGCAAAAGAAACAGACCCGACAGAAGAAAAGAAGGAACUUGUCCUGGAGAUGAAUCCAAAGUGGGAAGCAUUGAGUGAAGUACUAACUGAGAUAAAAAGAGAAAAUGAACCCAGUGAAGAACUGACUGACUCUGGUCACGUGCUGAUCUGUGCCAGUGAUGAUCAAACCUGUGCACAGCUGAAGGAAUACAUCAGCAUUGGAGCGGAAGACUUGUUAAAGAAGAUUUAUAAUAAAACCUUUGGGAAGAAUGAGAAGGCUGAGCAUUUACUGAUGGCCACCAUGAAACUUAAGCCUGGCAAAUCCAAGGUGAGACCAAAGUCUGGCAAUGGGCCUAAAGUGAAGAAGGCAAGAACAGAGACUCUUAAAAAGGUGAAAUCAGAGCUAACAUUGACUCAGAUGGUUGGAAGAGAAAAUAAUGAAGAGUGUAAGGAAGAGAAGGACAUAGAAGAUUAUGACAGUGUUAGCCUGGAACAUAUAACCGAAGAAACGGAAGUUGAUGACAUGAUGUUGAACCUGCCAACUGAUGCCUGUUAUGGAAUCCUGAAGGAACCACUCAUUAUUCUCCAUCCAUUGCUGGGCUGUAGUGACCCAUAUAGUCUGACACGUGUACUGCAUGAAAUUGAGCCUCGUUACGUCAUACUCUAUGAUGCAGAACUCUCAUUUGUUCGUCAGCUUGAGAUAUACAGGGCAAGCAGGCCAGGCAAGCCUCUCAGAGUCUAUUUCCUAAUAUAUGGAGGCUCCACAGAAGAGCAACGAUACCUGACCAAUCUGAGAAAGGAGAAGACAGCCUUUGAGAAUCUGAUAAGGGAGAAGGCAAUAAUGGUAGUUCCUGAGGAGAGGGAGGGAAGAAACGACUCCAACCCAGAUCUUGCACGAGGUGGCAGCCUCUCAUCUGCUGAAACAGACACACGGAAAGCAGGAGGGCAGGCUCAGAAGAAGGAGCAACAUCGCAUUAUAGUGGAUUUACGGGAGUUCCGCAGUGAGCUGCCAUCGCUGAUACAUCGGCAUGGCAUUGACGUGGAGCCAGUCACCUUGGAAGUGGGUGAUUACAUCCUGACUCCUGACAUUUGUGUUGAACGCAAGAGUGUGAGUGAUCUGAUCGGCUCUUUGAACAAUGGCCGUCUAUACACACAGUGCAUUGCCAUGUCACGGUAUUAUAAACGACCUGUCCUGUUGAUUGAGUUUGACCCCAAUAAGCCUUUCGCCCUGAAUUUCCGAGGAUCCUUCCACCAGGAGAUUUCCAUUAAUGACAUUACAUCCAAGAUCACCCUCUUGACUCUACACUUUCCCAAGCUGCGAAUCAUCUGGUGUCCCUCUCCACAUGUCUCCGCUGAGUUGUUUGAGGAGCUGAAACAAAAACGCCCUCAGCCUGAUGCAGCUACUGCCAUGGCCGUCACAGCUGAUUCUGAAAUUGUUUCUGAAUCAGACCGAUAUAAUCCAGGUCCACAGGAUUUCUUGAUGAAAAUGCCAGGAGUGAAUGGUAAAAACUGCCGGGCACUGAUGAACCGCGUAAAAAACAUUGCUGAACUUGUAAAACUCUCCCAGGAACAAUUAGCUGACAUCUUGGGGAAUGCCAACAAUGCCAAACAGAUCUGGGAGUUUAUUCACUCCUCAUAUAUGGAUAAGGCAGCACAAGUCAAAAACAGAAGGUGAUGUUCAGGGUGGAAAGACUUUAAUGAAAUCUUCUGUUGCAUUCAGUAAUCAAUAGCUGUUGUAAAUUGUAAAAAUAACUGGAUACUAUCACAAGAAAUGUUUCAAAUCGGAUUGUAGUUAUCUAGGUAAUAACAUCAGGAGCACUAAGUGAAUUCCAGCUUCAACAGUUAGGUGGGUGGCUGAUCCCUAUUUUUGUUGAGGAUCUUUGUACGAUACAAUACAACUUUAUUUAUCCCGGAGAGAAAUUGGUCUGCCACAGUCAAAAGAUACAGUUACAAUGCAUUGAAAGUGUCAUGUACAUUAUAAUAAUCUGCUCCUUGUCUAAUCCUUUUUAAUAUUCAAUUCAUUAGAGAUAUGUUAAAAAAAAGUUAAACAAACAAGACAGUGGAGUAUAAAAAUGAUAAAAUCAACACUACUUAUAUGCAGGAGACAUUUUUUAAAAGACAAUUUAUUUAUAUGAAUCCAGCUAAUGUCUGUCAUUGAGUCGAAUCAACCAAGAUGCUUUAUUUAUGUGUGUAGAUGCUUAAUAGACUGCAGAUGUUCACCACUGCAUAUACUUGAUUAACUGGCCUGUCUAGAUUAUAAUCCAUCUGUCAUGUUGGAUUCAUCCCUCGCAGUGCUUUACAUAUUGUCAUUGGAGGCUUCUUAAGCGUUAACUCUUUGAAAUAUCCCUUUGGCAUUUUUAAUCAUAAAAGCCAGGCAGAACCUUUAUUUAACUUUCUGGAUCAUUUCAGCUUGGAAGAUUCUGUUGAUGAGGGUUGGAGUCCAACAUAACUGGAAUAUCCAACCUUCAUACCUGCUGAAUGGCAUGACAUGUAGAGAAGUAGAUUUUCCUGUGGCAUCAAGCAACAAGGUUUAAUGGACCAACAGUAUUAAGGGUUUGUUUCUAUAGCCAGUAGCCUUAAAAUGAAUUCCUCGGAUUAUUAUCCUCAAGAUGGAAUUUUCAUAAAUGUAUGUGACACAAUCAAGCUAAUUACAAAAUGGAUAAAUUGAUUAUAUGGAUGUUGGAAGCUUGAUCUUAACUGAAGGAAAUCUUUUAGACAGAUCAAUUAAUACAGCAUGCCAUCCCCUAGAUAGCAAAAUUAAUAAUGUUUAAAAAAAUCAUUUUGGUUUUACUGAUUUUGGUGUUAAAUAUACAAGAUAGAAAAUGAGACCACAUGAAGCUUUCUCAGAACCAUUUUAAGAAUCAAUUAAACAUAAAAAGAAUGGAGAAUAUAAUCUCUUUCAAAUUGAUUAAAGUCAGGGAAAGAGCUUGAAUAUUGAAUCAGUGUUUUUUGUACUUGGAUAUUUUAAUAUUGACUAUGAGGUUGUUAAACUUUCCAGUUAAUAAACAUUGUAGCACUUAAA